UUUCCCAACUUCCCCAUGAAUGUGUUUGACAGCUCACUGUUGCUGUCAGUGCAGAAUCCCAGUGGAAACCGGAGCUGGGAAGGCUCUUCCUGCCUGGGGGAGGCAUCACCAUCUGUCUGUCACUCUUUGUUCUUUGCUGCACCCCACCGAAGGCCAUGUGCAGUGGCAAGCUGCAGACAGGUUUGCUGGUGGCUGGCUACUUUAUCUAUCUGCUUGUGGGUGCUGCUGUGUUCCAGGCACUGGAGAGAACUGCUGAGAAGCAGGAGAAAAUGGCAGCUGCCCAGAUGAAGGAGGCUUUUCUGCAGAACUUCACUCACCUCACAGUGGCGGAGGUGGAACAGUUUAUGAAGAACCUGACUGAAGCUAUUCAGAAUGGAGUAUACCCUGUUGGAAAUGAAUCACAGAUUGAAGACAGCAACUGGGAUUUCAGUAACUCCUUCUUCUUUGCAGGCACGGUUGUCUCUACAAUAGGCUAUGGCACACUACGUCCUAAAACUGCUGGAGGCCAGAUCUUCUGUGUUUUUUUUGCUCUGUUUGGAAUCCCUCUGAAUAUUGUUUUUCUACAUCGUGUCGGUAAGAUGCUCUCACUGCUGUGUAAAAAGCUGGGGAAAUUCCUGUAUGAGAAAGGAAUGAGAAAGAAGAAGAUAAAAUUUCUGACCCUUCUGUUUUUCCUGGCAACGGGGAUCCUAGUUUUUCUGUGCUUGCCAUCAUUCUUCUUCCAGAAAACAGAGGGCUGGUCCUACAGCGAAGGAAUUUACUUUGCAUUUAUCACCCUCAGCACCAUUGGCUUUGGAGAUUAUGUAGUAGGUAAACAGCCUGGCAGGAAUUACUUUUCCUACUAUCGAACACUGGUGGCCAUCUGGAUCCUUUUUGGUCUUGCUUGGAUUGCGCUCCUAUUUAAUUUAUUGACAACAGUACUAGAAGAUACUGAAAAAAUAAUUGUCAAGGAUAUCCAUCAAAUUGGAAAGGUGAGUAAGGGCAAUGUAACAAGCCAACAAAGAAGAUGCUGGCCUUCUCAAUUUAUUCCAGAAGAAGAACUACUAUCACCACGUACUGGAGGGAAUGCACAGAAAAUGGAGUCAUUAGAAACAGAUUCUGAGCAGACAAAAACUGAAAAAAAUGCUUUUUCUUAGAGCAAAACUAUUGCCAUAACAUAUGAGAAUUAAAUUCUUCAUUGGAGAGUUACUAGUUAAUUAUGCUAAAUAAAUUCCCAUGGAAAUAAAAUUUCUCCUACCUUUGGCCGAGA